AUGCGUUAUGAGGCAACGCUACUCGAGCAGGUCAACGAACAGGCAGCGUCUGCUGCGCCCACACAGUAUAUCCCGGUACCUGUGCCCGAUGCAGAGCCAAGGGCUCGUCCACUCGUUUUAAACGUAAAGAUCUUUGAGGAGAAGGAGGGAGAAAAUCUUUUCCUCUGUAUCCGAGAAGUUGAAAUGGCAAUGGAUGCCGCCAUGCUUGUGUCAGAUAUGCAACGAGUUGGCUUGGCCAUUUCUAAGCUCGGUGGAAGAGCUAGAGAGUGGGCUCUAACGAGCGAUGUCUCUGUAAAUGCCGCAUUUCCCACAUGGGAAAUGCUUAAAAAGCAAUUGACUUUCGUGUUUGCACCGCCUAAUCAGGCUUAUCGUGUGCGCUCACGCUUCUUAGCUACCCGAAAGGGUAAGAAAGAAUUGUCGGACUAUGUCCAAGAGUUGAAACUUUCAUUGCCGCUAUGCAGCAGGACCCUCUGGCAGAGGAAGUCCGAGUAA